CUUUGCUCUCUCUGACAUACACAUACUCGCAGCACAUUUCAUUGGUCCCCCUUUGUCCUCAUCUGCGUCAUCACUGUGUUAUGUUGAUGAUGGAAAAAUAACGCCUGUUCAUGUUGUGCAUGUCGUUAGUGGUCUGGCACAUAGAGCCGAUUCAUGUUACAGCUCCGAGGGCGACAUACAAAUUCACCUUUCAGGGUAAUGGCUCCUUUGAAUGGCUUGUGAGAAGAACUGCCGUUUGGAUUUGUGUGGAAAGCAGGCGCUUCGAUACUAAAUGACGCUUUGCACUAAUGGAUUCCAGGCGUUCUCAUCUCUAGUUCUUUUGGAAUCGGUGGCUCAACUUGCUCUCCUGUCGAUAUUGCUUAUCAGAUGCAGUGAGCCCCGACUCAUACAUGUGAAGGGUCUGAGUGAACAUGUGGCCAAUUACCACAAUAUCCCGGAGCUGCAUUGGUGGAAACUGUUGCUGUGCUGCUGAGCGAGGCAAUCAACCCUUAAUCUUUUAAAUUGCUCUGUCUGCUUAAUUAGAAACUAUAAAACGCUGUGGUGCUAAUUUAGCAUUCAUAGGCUAUUGAAGUGUUGAUAUUGAAUGACAAGUUUACAUUUUAGUCAUUUAGCAUGUCUUUCAGAGCAACGUAGAGAAGCAGUUAGGUUCAACCUUGCUGACUCUAGGUAGCAACUUUCUUGUUACUGGUCAGAUCCUUAACCGGUUUCUGUGGUUGACAGGACUUUCUCAGCCGCAGGUGGUCAGCUGUGUGCUAUAGGUGGGCAACCAACCAACCAAACCUGAAUCAAAUGCCUCCUGUUGAAUCUACUGAAUGAGAACCUGUUUUCUGUUAUAAACAUGAUCUGAAGCUAUUCUUUCUUUGUUUACCUAGUUGUAUGACAAAAAAAUACAGUGUAUGUUCUCCACUUCAUGGUACAAAGAAAUAGACGAUAUGUUUCUGUAAAAGCACUUUGUGACAACUGCUGUUGUAAAAAGGGCUUUAUAAAUAAAUUUGAUUGACUAUAUGAAUUCAUAUUCGGAAAUCAUUAAGUUUAGUUCAGUCAUUGAAAUUUCUGCAAGUGAAGUGUCUUAAACAGUACCUUUAAUGAAGACGAUGAGGUUUUGAAGCUCCUGUCAGUGAUAUUAAUUCUGCACUUUGUUUUGAUCAUUUGAGUGGACUGUUUGGGUGGGCUGUGGUCAUCUAAGAGUGAGAUGUUUUCAUCUUGAUCUGAUGCUGUGUGUGUGUUCCAGUGCCUGUAGGUGGUGCUGGAGAUGCGCUGCUUUGACGUCAGAGUUGAGGGUCGCUAAUCCUGAUCCUCCCCAGCAGAUCCUCAGUAUAAUUUGGCGUAGUAUCUUUCAUUAUAUGCAGCACACAUUCUUGAUUGGACAACCCAUGGCUGUCUGCUCGUGUCACUGAGCGGUAUUUAUUUUUAAUUUUUGUUGAAUUGAUUUCUCUAAAAUGGUAAUUGAAGCACACUAGGCCAAUUGUUGCAAAUUUGUCUUCCCAUAGUGUAUAAUUCACAUAGGCUACUGUUAUAAAAGAGUAAGCUACCUAUUUCUUAGCUUUAUAUGUUUACAAUGACAUGGGUAACUUGUCACAAAAUGUUGUCUGCUAACAACAUGAAUCCUGUUUACAGUAGAAAGGUGUAAAAACAGCUAUGUAUUGAUAUGUGGACAAAUGGGGGUGCGUGUUUAUGAAACCGGUUGCUUAUAUUGGCUUUAGAAAAUGGACAAGGGCUGAACAUUGUCACAAGCCUGCUUUAUUGGCAUUUAUAUUAACACACAUAGAUGAUACAUGGACGCGUAUAAGUGGUAUAUGGAUGGCGUUACAGAAGACGGAUAUAUUGGCGUUUCUGUGCAGCAGAGGACAGUUCUGAAUGCUAAAGAGGGUGCCUGAAAGCUCUCCUCCCUAUCAGCCUCAGUCAGUUCUGUGCCUCGCUCACUUCAUGUAAAUCCACUUAUGAAAUCAGGCCUUGAACAGUUGUCAUGUGAACGCUAUAUGGGUUAUUCAUAGUUUUCACUCUAUAAAACAUUCCAUCCAAUGCUUAAAUAAUUCAGACUGUAAAGGCUGCUUAUGGCCGUACAUAGAUACAUACGUGCUGAUGGAUAGAUGGCCAUCUGUCAUAGUGUUUAUGCCAGGCAACGUGUCAUUGGUUCAGGAGUGGGUCCCCUUCAUGGAAUCAGAUUUGCUGGAAACAGUAUGGCUAAGCUGUCAUCAGCAUGAUUAAAAUUGCUUUUGGCAAAGUACAAGUCAAUCAACAAAACAGUGCUGGUAGACUUUAUAGUCAGGUGAUGAAUAUUGUAUUUAGGAAUUGGAGAGAAUCAGAUAACCUCAUCUUUAUAGCUAGGAACAAAUUUAAAUGUAUCCUUCCAGUUACCACAGUACAAGGCUGUCAUUAUCUUGAAUUAUCUGUGAAAAAUACCCAACUGUGCUUUUCUCUUAUGGGUUUCUGUACCUUUAAGGAUCCAGUCUAACGUUUUUCCGAGGUGGCACUGUUCCCGCUUACAUUUCCUGUUGUUCAUAUCAGCCUGUAAUUUGGUUGUUCCAAAAUGUUGUUGCUAGCAUCACACAACUGAAAUAAGAGCAGUUACAGUAUAUGUGCAUUAGCCUAGUGUUGAUGUCUGAGCUCCCCACUCUGGAUCACACAUGCCCUUUGGUGACAGUUUUUCGAGCCCCUGCUAUGCCAGUCAUCUGUUUUCCUAGUGGUAAAAAAAAGCUAAUUUUUAUGUCCCUUGUCUUCUCUCCCUCUACUCUGAGCACAACGUGGGAGAAAGAUGCCUGGGCAGGGCAGAAACUUUCAUGCAGAACAUUUAUCUUCAAGCUGCUGUUUUUCCAUCUCAUGGUUUUGGCCAGCCCGAAAAUAGAAAGUUUUAAGAAAACUGACCAUCUAGAACUUUCAGCUUGCCGCGGGACUCCUUGUCAUGUCCCUGGUCUGCUGACGAUGACAUGUAUGGCUGUAUAUCCGAAUCCGGGAGCGACAUUGAUUAUUCAUGCUGAGAGAGCACCCCCCGUGCUGACAUGUGCCACGCUUACUGGAGCCUAUUAAUUGGCAUGAGACUGAGGGGAGAUGAGAGCGAGAGGAGAAGAGAGAUACUGAAGUGGAAGUGGGUGAAUGAGCAAGUGAUUAAAGAGAGGUAGAAUGAGUGGGGGGGACAGAGAGGGAAUCUUUUGAAACUAGACAGCUAAGGAGAUGGUUGAGGGGGCUGAAGCCUGAGAAACAGGAUUGGGUUUUGCUUCUUCUGUUUUUUGCCAGCGCGUCACAGAACUGGAGAAAAAAAAUUCUAAGCAGAAACGAAAGAUCUGUCAUCCUCUAGACUCUUCAUCUCGUUCUGCACCCAGAAAACCGUAGUUUUUUUUCAUCGUCCUCUACUCUGCUCCAGAGAAUGACUAUGUACUACCCAAGGCAUGAAUUUGGCUCCAAGGCCCCAACGGGCAAUGGCGAGAGGGGCCCGGGCAAAUUAACCAAUCAUCCCCGGGUGAACCUAAAUCUCCAGGAGUCCCUUGCUCACCUGCACCCCCUUCAAAGACAGCAUGCCAUCGAACUGCACCAGCAAAUGCAGCAGCAGCCUUACCAACCGCCGCAACAGCUGCCAGCCCACACGUCCCUGGCCACCUAUACUUCCUGCACGCUCCCGGCCUCCUGCAAGGCUAGGAGCCGCUUCAUCAACCUUCGGGACAGUGUCAAGAAGAGCCCCACUAAGAGCACAGCCAAAUUCAAUGGUUGCACCGCUGGGACCCUCAAGCCCAAUGUGGGUCUCGGCCCCCAAGUGUCCCGGGUACCUUGGGUUCCGUUCUCAUUUGAAAAGCAGACAGAUGCCACCCCGCCUUCCUCCCCCAUAAUCCCUGUGAUCCCAAUGUCGCCCGUCCCAGCUGAGACCACUCCUGUCAUCCCUCCUCCAACGUCACAGGCAAACCCUCCCCCUGUCGUGGUCAAUACAGACAGCUUGGACACACCUCCAUAUGUGAACGGGACCGAAGCGGAUUAUGAAUAUGAGGAGAUCACGCUGGAAAGGGGGAACUCGGGGCUUGGUUUCAGUAUCGCCGGCGGAACGGACAACCCUCACAUCGGUGAAGAUCCGAGCAUCUUCAUCACCAAGGUGAUCCCCGGAGGGGCAGCCGCCCAGGACGGACGACUUCGGGUCAACGAUGUCAUCCUGAGGGUGAACGAGGCGGAUGUGAGGGACGUGACCCACAGCCGAGCGGUCGAGGCGCUUAAGGAAGCCGGGUCACUGGUGCGCCUCUACGUCCGCCGGAGGAAGCCCCUCUCGGAGAAACUUAUGGAGAUCAAGUUGGUGAAAGGCCCCAAAGGUCUAGGCUUCAGCAUAGCAGGAGGAGUGGGGAACCAGCACAUCCCGGGGGACAACAGCAUCUACGUCACCAAAGUCAUCGAAGGAGGAGCUGCACACAAAGACGGGAGACUCCAGAUAGGAGACAAACUCCUGGCUGUGAACAGUGCUUGCCUUGAGGAGGUGAGCCACGAACACGCCGUGACUGCCUUGAAAAACACCCCCGAUGUGGUCUACUUGAAAGUGGCAAAACCCAACAGUGUCUUCAUGAAUGACAGUUUCGCACCGCCGGACAUCACCAACUGUGAGUUUCCACUUUCCUACUCUCAACACAUGGAGAACCAUGUCAGCCCACCCAGCUACCUGGGCCAGCCCCUUCCCCCGGCUGCCCCAUCGGGACGAUACUCACCCACCCCCAAGAGCAUGCUGGGAGAAGAUGAUGUCACCCGGGAGCCCAGAAAGGUGGUGCUCCAUCGAGGGGCAACUGGCCUCGGCUUUAACAUUGUGGGUGGAGAGGAUGGUGAGGGCAUCUUCAUCUCCUUUAUCCUGGCUGGGGGACCAGCAGAUCUGUGUGGAGAACUGAGGAAAGGCGACCGCCUCGUCUCUGUGAACGGGGUGGACCUCCGCAGUGCCACUCACGAGCAGGCCGCCGCAGCGCUGAAGAACGCCGGGCAGACGGUCACCAUCGUGGCCCACUACCGGCCAGAGGAAUAUAGUCGUUUUGAAGCCAAGAUCCACGACCUGCGAGAACAGAUGAUGAACAGCAGUAUCAGCUCUGGGUCUGGCUCGUUGCGGACCAGCCAGAAGAGGUCACUCUACGUUAGGGCCCUUUUUGACUAUGACAAGACAAAGGACUCUGGGCUCCCGUCACAGGGGCUCAACUUCAAAUUUGGGGACAUCCUGCAUGUGGUGAAUGCAUCAGACGAUGAGUGGUGGCAGGCGCGGCAGGUGACCCUUGAGGGGGAGGCCGAGGAAGUGGGCGUCAUUCCCAGCAAGAGACGAGUGGAGAAGAAAGAAAGGGCGCGGCUAAAGACAGUAAAGUUUAACCCAAAGUCACGAGACAGAGGGCAGUCACUCAAUGACAAGCGUAAAAAGAACCUCUUUUCCCGAAAAUUCCCCUUCUACAACAAGAACAAGGACGCGAGCGAGCAGGAAACAAGCGAUGUCGACCAACACAUCACUUCCAAUGCCAGCGAUAGUGAAAGUAGUUACCGUGGUCAAGAGGAGUAUGUCUUGUCCUACGAGCCAGUCAGUCAACAGGAAGUAAACUACACUCGUCCAGUGAUUAUUCUUGGUCCCAUGAAGGAUCGUGUAAAUGACGAUCUGAUAUCAGAGUUCCCGGACAAAUUUGGGUCCUGCGUACCUCACACAACCAGACCCAAGCGGGACUAUGAGGUGGACACCAGAGACUACCACUUUGUGGUGUCCAGGGAGCAGAUGGAGAAGGACAUCCAGGACCAUAAGUUUAUAGAGGCGGGCCAGUACAAUAACCACCUUUACGGGACUAGCGUUCAGUCAGUGCGUGAGGUGGCUGAGAAGGGCAAACACUGCAUCCUGGACGUGUCUGGCAAUGCCAUCAAGAGGCUGCAGCUGGCCCAACUCCACCCCAUUGCUGUGUUCAUCAAGCCCAAGUCUGUGGAAAACAUAAUGGAGAUGAACAAGAGGCUGACGGAGGAGCAGGGCAGGAAAACCUUUGACAGAGCCACCAAGCUGGAGCAUGAGUUCACAGAGCAUUUCACAGCUAUCGUUCAAGGAGAUACCUUGGAGGAGAUUUACGAGCAGGUCAAGCAGAUCAUCGAGGAGCAGUCUGGCCCAUUCAUAUGGGUGCAAUCCAAGGAGAAACUAUGAGGCGCUCACAACACUUUCUACUCCUUUGUCGUCCUCCUCUCCUUUUUAUUUAUGAUUAAUUUUUUAUUUUUAUUACUGACCUGGUCUGGCAACACUACCCUGAGUAGCCUGAAUUGUACCACCAUCCUCUUCCUCCGCCCUCCCUUCCUCAGCCAGGCUUCUCACGUGACCCUGGCUGACAUUCGACAACGCUAGGUUUGUCCAACUCAGAACACAGUCUUUGGUCCCCGUCCGGCUCGCAGUCCAAUCAGCCAGUGACGACGAUAAGCCAGAGCAAAGCACAGAGGGGCAGGCAUUGUUCAUACGGUACAGUUCCUUAAUGUUUAAGGGAGGUGACUUUCUCAGAAAAAAAUCGUGGAUCAAGUCUCAUUUAAAUAAAUACAAAUGUUCAGUGAAGAUGGGAGUUUGUGCUCAGGCAUCGGGUCAUACAGCAGAAACACAAAGCAAGACUUUGCACGUGAUAGCUUUAACAGCAUGUAUUUUUAGUACAUUUUUAAUUUGUUUCACUUUCUUUUACCCCCCCCCCUUCUCAUCCCUCUUUCAGCAUAUGUAUCAUUAUAUAUAUCUUUUUUUUUUCUUCUUUUUUUACGGAGUUGUAUUCAUCUCCCUGCUCACCUACCCCUUACUACUCUUACCCAUGUUAGAAAGACAUUGGGUUUUUGGUGGUUGAAGCCACACAGAUGUUACCCAUGUGAGACUACAUGGAACAGGGUUCUUCAACUCAAGUCCUGGAGGGUAGUGUGUGUGUGUGUCUGUGUGUAGUGUGUUUCUUCAAAGGGUUUCAGUCUAACCUCCACUCCAAACUAAAAAUGUGUGAUGGAAACAUACUGUACUGUGAAAAUUCCAUGGUCUUUUUUUUUUUUUUUAUCCUAGUGUAUUAUUUCUGGACUAAUGUGGACUUUUUAAGGAGCGACAUUUAGAUAUUGCUUGUACUAAAACACAUUACCCUCUAGAACUUGAGUUUAAGAUUUGUGUAAGGAAAAUUGAGAGUAUUUAAAAAAUUUUGGGCUGUUAUCAGUGUCUUACUGUCUUUGAUCAUUUGAAUUAUGUUUGUCCUUUUUCAGUUACGAAAGUAAGGAACUGCCAUUUUAGGUGUCCAUAGAUUUGUUGACAAAAUAAAUGCAGAUGCAAAAAUGGAACAACUUUAUUGUACAAUGAGAUUUUAACAGAUAUUUAACCCUCAGUAAACUGCCUAUUUUGUUAUAAUAAAAGUCUAUAUUGAACUUUACUUAAGCACUACUACUAUGGAAAUUAUUUUCGUUGCAUUGUUAAAAAUAUAUAACUACAAAAGUAUAAAAGAUGUUUAAAUAUGAAUAUAUUUUUUGUUUACUUUUAUCACCACCUACUUUGUCCUUAAUUUUCUUUUUUAACAAGUUAUUAAAGUCCACAUCAGAAAAACUUUAAUUAUACAGUGCUCCCUUACUCUGGCUAUGAACAACAUGUAGGUGUGCUUUUCCCCUCCUCAAAACGAAUGCCUCAGUUAUGGGUUUGCUUUAUCUGUGAAAUUAUGAACCAUGUCUAAGUUGGAGUUGUAGGGUUAAGUUGGUGCUAGAGGCUAAUCUCAGAGUUGUGUAUCUUCCACACAAAUGAUUACAGUUAUUGAAAAGCAGGUCCUAGGGCACUCCCCCUACCAAGGUCAUGGAGGCCUGUGGUAACAUCAGAGAGGGCAGUCUCAGAAAUGCCACUAUGGCUGCUAGUAGUUAGAUUUCUCCUUUGUCAGUGGUUAUAGAUGAGUUAUCUGCCUUAAGCCUCCAACAUUUUGAAAAAGCUGAUGUAUCCCAUAAAACUACAGAUGACUAGAAGUAAGAUAGCAUCAAUGACAACAUUUGUUUUUCACACUUGCCAAAUGUUUUGAAGUCCAACCAACACAAUUUCACUUGAGGAAUGUACAGGCUGUUCUGCUGUGGAUUUUGUUCCAGAAAGUGAUGCCAGUCCUACAAUAGAUAUGAGAACUGAAAGGUCCAGACUAGACCCUGUUAGACUUUUUUUUUUAUAGACUUCGUCCAACAGGGGGCUUGUACACAUGGCUUGUGUCCCCUCAACGAGGACUCCGUCCCCUUCGAGAACUGCUUUUUCUACACCACAAGAUUGCUUUUACCACCUCACCACCUCUGCUUUUCUGCAAGACUCAUUUGGGACUGUCUGGAAACAUGUAAAUAACCUACUGAUUCUCAUUCAUUCCAAUGAUCGCAAGAGUAGAACGGAUCAGAAAUAAAAACGAAAAAUUAUGUUUCUCA